AUGGGAGUAAUCUUUGGAUACUUGAUUGGGAUUCAUUUUCCAUAUGUUGCUCUUACAAAGAUUAACUUACCUUCAAGCAGUCGUUUGUCAACGAUGAAUGAAUAUCAAUCAAGGGCUUUUGACCAUAUUGCCCUUGAAAAUCUGGACUCGUUUAAUAAACCUGUAAAACCUCAGAUUUAUGCUCCUAAAAAUCCACGUGGUGCUGAGUCAUUACCUCCAGGAAUUGUGGUCCCACAAACAGAUUUAUAUUUAAGAAGAUUAUGGGGUGAUCCUGGUGAGGAUAUAAAGAAGAAGCCAAAAUAUUUGGUAACUUUCACAGUUGGUUGGGAUCAAAGAGACAACAUUGAUGCUUCAGUUAAAAAGUUUUCAGAUGAUUUCCAAAUCUUGCUUUUUCACUAUGAUGGUCGAACAACAGAAUGGGAUCAAUAUGAGUGGUCAAAGGAUGCAAUUCAUGUCAGUGUAAAAGGACAAACCAAAUGGUGGUAUGCAAAGAGGUUUAUGCAUCCAGAUAUUGUGGCAGCUUAUGAAUAUAUAUUUAUAUGGGAUGAAGAUCUUGGUGUAGAACAUUUCAAUGGGGACAAGUAUAUUGAGUUGGUUAAAAAACAUGGUUUGGAGAUUUCUCAACCUGGGCUUGAACCCAAUGAUGGAUUAACAUGGCAAAUGACAAAAAGAAGAGGUGAUAAAGAAGUUCACAAGGACACACAAGAGAGACCUGGAUGGUGCAUUGAUCCUCAUUUACCUCCAUGUGCAGCAUUUGUAGAGAUUAUGGCUCCGGUUUUCUCUAGGGAAGCGUGGUGGUGUGUGUGGCAUAUGAUUCAGAAUGAUUUGGUGCAUGGAUGGGGUUUGGAUUUUGCUCUUAGAAGAUGUGUAGAGCCUGCACAUGAAAAAAUUGGUGUGGUGGAUUCACAGUGGAUCGUUCAUCAAGUCAUUCCUACACUUGGGAUUCAGGGUCAAAUUGUGAAUGGGAAAUAUGGAUGGAAAAGGGUAAGAAAUAGGUGCAAAAGAGAGUGGAUCCAAUUCCAUAAUCGGCUUGUGAAGGCAGAUAGAGCUCAUCUUAAGAUGACAAGAGAAAGAUAG